CAACAAUGGCGGCGGAUGACAUCCACGUACGACUAUGUUUGCAAGAAAUAGUGAAACUUGACCUUGAAGUGAAAGCUAUAAUCCAGGUUUAAAGUGUGGAAGAAUGGAUCGAAACGUUCUGAAUGGAAUAUCCUUUGUUGCACUUUUAACAGCCCUAAUUCUGUAUAACUGGAGAGCAAAUGUUGGAGUUAGAUCCACAAAAUCUCUUGUUAUUGGGAUCAUGAGUGCAAGAAAUCACUUUGAGCAGAGGGAAGCAGCUAGAAAAACCUGGCUUACAUCUAGGAUCAAGAAUGAAACACUGCUGGAAAGAUUCUCGGUUAAGUUUAUUAUUGGAGACACUGGAUGUAAUGUUCACCCACAGAAUAGAAAAGACAUGUAUUCAUGUUCAAGAAUGCUGUUUGAAGAGAGAAAUCAGUAUAGUGACUUGCUACUUUUGACAACAACACCAAGUUUUGGUGGUGAAAUUGGUUAUACUUGGAAUAUUUCUUUUAAUGUUCACCAUCCAGUAAUUGUUAAAAGGCUUGGUAUACACAGAUCAGUCAUACCAGCCACUGAAUCAGUUACUGUAUGCUUAUAUGAUUACUUCAGAGAAGAAAUUGUUUCAUCAGCAACAUUUACGAGCACAGACUCUGGCAUUUUAGCUUCAAGUUAUUGGUACCAUUCCAUAGAACCAAUGUUGUUGCCAAAAGACUUUCAGGGAUCUCUUAAGAUAUUAGGAAAGUUUGAUAUUCCACAAAUGCAAGGAAAUGAGACAUCUAUUAACAAUUCUGCUGGCACUGUGACUGUCAGCUAUUUAGAUUUAAAUGGUUUCAAAGUUGACUCUUUACCCAGCCUUGUCCUACCAUCUUGGAUAAUGACAAUAUCAGAGAUUGAUGCUUUUAAGUCAAGGCUGUUAAAUCAAGACCAGCUAGAUAAAAUACAAAUUGCAAAAGAAAAAGAGAUUAAAGAGAAAUUAGAUUUAGAAGCAGCUUCCAAUAAGGACAUAGUUUUUGUAAACUCUAUUGAUGUGUACAGAAACCUGCCUGAAAAGGUUCUUCAGUUCCACAAGUGGGUUCACUGGCAGGAGCCUGCUGCUUUCAUCAUGAAAACAGAUGAUGACUGCUUUGUAGAUGUUGAGGCAAUAAUGGGUAUGCUAGAUCAUUUAAAAAGAAAUGAAAACAUUUGGUUAGGAAACUUCCGCCAUGACUGGUAUGUUGAAAGGUAUGGAAAGUGGGCAGAACCAGUCUAUCGCUCGUUGGAAUACCCAGCGUUCGCUUGUGGAUCGGGCAAUAUUGUGUCACAAGAUAUAAGUGCCUGGUUGGGAGGAAAUAUGGACUAUUUGCACAGGUAUCAGGGUGAAGACACUUCCAUGGGGAUUUGGCUGAGUGCAAUAGGCCCUAAGUACCACAUGGACACAAGAUUUAUGUGCGAUAAAACCUGCAGGUCAGACGCAUUUGUCAUACCAGAACUGACUCCUGAAGAAAUUACAAACUUCUGGAACAACAAACAGAGUUGUCAAAAUAUCUGUGGAUGUGAAUGAAUACUAGUAGCUUGAAUCCAAACUAUUAUUUAUGGAAUGUAAAUCAUGGAAAAAAACUUUAUUAAUGAACAAUAAUGCCAUAUGAAUAUAUAAAUAGUAAAGAAACUGAUCAAAAGCAAAGACUUAUACACCAGUUAUAUUUUUUUUACUGCCUUUAUAGAAAAGCUUGAAACAGACAUUACAGAAGUACAGUGUAAAAUAUAAUUGGUAUGUCCAUGUUCAGCACCCUUGUAUAAAGCUAGCUGUACAAUAAAUAGAAUUAAAUGUUGUCACCAUAAUGCCAUCAUGUUGUAUGUG